CCGUCCAGAUGCAGUUUCGACUCUUCUCAUUUGCCCUGAUAGUAUUGAACUGUAUGGAGUACAGCAACUGUCAGGCGCCGUCGCAACGCUGGAGGAGAAACAAAAGAGGGUGCAGGAUAGACAACUGUGAAUCUUGCUUCAGUAAAGACUUCUGCAUGAAAUGCAAGUCAGGUUUUUACCUACACAAAGGGCGAUGCUUCGACAUGUGUCCCGAAGGUUUUGCCCCACUGGAGGACAUCAUGGAGUGUGGAGAUGGCUGCGAGGUUGGGCAGUGGAGCGAAUGGGGAGCCUGCACCAGAAGAAACAAAACGUGCGGCUAUAGGUGGGGUCUGGAGACCCGGACGCGGCACAUUGUAAAGAAACCACCCAAGGACACAAUACCGUGUCCCACCAUUGCCGAGUCCCGCAGGUGCAAAAUGGCCAUGAGACACUGCAGAAGAGGAGGCUCAGGGAAGCAUCGAUCCAAAGAACCCAAGAAAAAGAACAAGAAGAGGCUGCGAUUUUGGGCCCAGGACCAGCACAGUGACCACUUGGCCUCUGCACGCUCCAGCCAGUGAGGACUGAAAAGAUGGACUCACCAUUGAACAAAGAACCUACGCGAAGCUGCUAGCUGCAACCAUGCUCUGACUGACAAAUAUCACGAAGCACCGUCAACCUCUCUUGCUUCUCAGACCUCCAAUAACAUCCCAUAUACCCCCUCACCUACCAGAACAUUGCUAUGAUUGGUAAAUUUGUCACUGCAAAAAUACAGUACGUGUCUACUAUACAAUAUCAGUACCAACACUCUAAAAACAUACUCCACACACUUGCCUCUUGCUGCUUCCCCUUGGCUGCACUGUUCAGCCAGGUGACUCAAUUUCCGCGACCCCACCCCACGCCUUGGCUUGUGGACCUUUGCAGUUGACAUGACUGAACUCAUUUCCCCUCAAUAAUAAUGUCAUUAACUGUCUAGGGUGAUGGAGGAUGGAGGGGCAAUCAGAGACUGGAAAGGCGGGCAAGCCAAAUAGAGGGAGGUGGAAGAGAAAGGUAGUGAGAGAGUUGGCAAGCUAUAUUGUUCAAGGGAGAGUAGGUAAGGGGAGAGGAAACUAGGGAGCAAGUAUAAAGAUGGCGGAGGAUAAAGAGGUAUGAGAUUGGGCUAAGGAAAGUGAGGCUGACGGCCAAGAAAAUGGCACCUUGAGCUGAAAGAGACAGUUGUUUUGUUUCUAUAUUUAUGUCAAAGCUACCCUCACCUUUCUGUCUGAAUGGAUAUGGACUGUUCCCAUGUGUGGCCUUUAUGUUCUGUACAUUUUUGAGAGUAAUAUUAAAUAAAUUACCAUGCAUAGUUGAAAAGUAUUUUAUUCUCAGCACAAACUGUUUACGUUCAGUCCGCUGUAUGCUCUAACUGUAUAGUGUGCAUAAGAAAAGAACCUAAGAACUUUAGUUGUUUGACUCGCAUGGCAAGAGACACACAUGUACAUAGUUUAUAUAAUUCUGAAAGCUUAUUGCUGUAUUUUCAGUAUUGACUUGUUCACCAUUCUAACUGUUGUAGAGAAACGGCUGUAAUACCAAGUUGCAGAUUAAAAUAAUUAAAAACAAUAAUAUAGUCAAAACAUAGCUACUUCAUUUAUUUGGUAUAUAUUUGAUUUAUUUAUUAAUUCUAUUUGGUACUUUUUUGUUCAAUGACAAUUUCGUUUUGCCUCAUACUGUUACUCUUAUAUGCUUUAAUAUUCUUUGAGUUUGACAUAAUGUGCAUAUCUGCAAGAAUUAGUUUUUUUUAAUGUAACAGUGUUGUAUUCCAUCCAUUCGACCACAUCUACUGAUUUCAUUGUUUCAAAGAAGAAGCGAAAAUGACGUAUACAACUCUGCUUUGAUAUAUUCUGAGUUUAAUAAUUAGACGCCAGCAAAUGUAUGGUCAUAGGACUGCAUAUGUGUACAUUGUGUUUUAUUAAACAA